AUGAUGAUCAUGUUCUUUCUGUUAUGCUCAAUAAUCUUUGUAGUUACCAUCAUAAUUUUCAGAAAACAGAAGAGAGGGAAGAAAAGAAACACACUUCCGUCACCACCGGGACUACCGUUGAUCGGAAACCUUCAUCAACUCGGCCGCCACCCUCACCGAUCACUAUGCUCUCUCAGCCACCGGUACGGUCCUCUUAUGCUUCUUCACUUUGGCCGUGUCCCCGUUCUUGUAGUAUCUUCAGCUGAAUUGGCUAGAGACGUUUUGAAGACGCAUGACCGUGUUUUCGCAAGCCGGCCACGGUCAAAAAUCUUCGAGAAACUUCUUUACGAUAAGCAUGAUGUGGCCUCAGCUCCUUAUGGAGAGUACUGGAGGCAAAUGAAAAGUGUGUGCGUCCUCCAUCUAUUCAGCAACAAAAUGGUACGAUCCUUUCGAGAAGUGAGAGAAGAAGAGAUCAGUCUGAUGAUGGAAAAGAUCAGGAAAUCGAUUUCUUUGCCGGUAAAUCUAAGCAAGAUCUUGGUGAGUUUAACUAACGAUGUGAUAUGUAAAGUUGCUUUGGGACGGAAAUACGGUGGUGAAACGGAUUUUAAGGAGUUAAUGGAGAGACUAAAUAAACUAUUGGGGACGUUUAGUGUGGGGAGUUAUGUACCUUGGCUUGCGUGGAUUGAUUGGAUCCGCGGUUUAGACUGUCAACUAGAAAAGACGGCAAACGAUGUUGAUAAGUUCUUUGAGAGAGUUGUGCAAGAUCAUGUCGAUGGAAACAGAGAUAUGACUGAUUUUGUGGAUGUAUUGCUCGCUAUUCAAAGAGAUAAGACCGUCGGGUUUGAAAUCAACCGUGUUAGCAUAAAGGCAAUUGUCAUGAAUGUUUUUGUGGGUGGUACGGAUACAUCGUCUACACUUAUGGAAUGGGCAAUGACAGAGCUUCUACGUCAUCCAAAGUGUCUGAAAAGACUCCAAGAAGAAGUCCGCACGAUUUGCAAGGAUAAAUCAAGUGUGUCAGAAGAAGAAAUUCAAAACAUGAGCUACUUAAAAGCUGUAAUCAAAGAGGCACUCAGGCUCCAUCCUCCACUUCCAUUGAUGGUUCCUCACGAAUCAACACAAGAUGUCAGAUUAGGAGAUCACCACAUACCAGCCGGUACACAGGUAUUGAUCAAUGCAUGGGCAAUCGGGAGAGAGGCUGCGACGUGGGGACCAGACGUGGAGGAGUUUAGACCAGAGAGGCAUUUAGAUUCGUCUGUUGAUUACCGGGGUCAGGCUUUUGAACUGAUUCCAUUCGGAUCAGGAAGAAGGAUUUGUCCAGCAAUAUCAUUCGCUGUGGUGUUGAAUGAGGUUGUUUUGGCUAACUUAGUGCAUCGGUUUGAUUGGAGAUUAUCAGUCGAAUCUACAGAAGAUCAGACCGAGGUCGCUGAAUCAACGGGUAUUGCGAUCCACCGCAUGUUCCCACUCUACGCCAUUGCAUCAAAUACUACUUGA